AUGGCUAGUGCAUCUAUUCCAAGUCCCAGAAUGGACUGGUCCAACCCGGACCGUUCGCAAGCAUUGCGAGAGUUUAGACAAGUUGCUGACUUGUGGUUCAAGAUUAAGAAGACUCCAGCAGAGGAGCAGCACACUUAUGUGAUACUGUGGUCGGGGGUUGAAGGUUUGAGGAUGUUCAACACUUGGAAGUUGACAGAUGAGCAACUAACCGACCCCAAGAACGUUUGGGAUGCAUUCGCAACCCAGCUGGAACCCCAGGAGAACUUCCGGAUUCAUCGUCUAGAGUUCCAGAGAUACAGGCAAGGAUCAUCAGAGACUAUUGAUGAUUUUAUUCUCCGGUGUCGCACAAAGGCAGCGAAGUGCAAGUUCAAGACUGAUGACACUGUUGAGGAGAGAAUCAUAGAAGUAUUAAUCGCCGGAAUUAGACACCCAGAGGUGCAGAAAGCCUUACUGAGCAAAGAUGAAAAUCUCAAGUUAGAUGAGGCUGCUUCAUUGGCUAGGACGCAUGAGGCCAGUGACUCUCAUAUGAGCCAGCUGAACAGCUUAGACAGAGCCUCAGUACAUGAUUUGCACCAGUCCAGUUCUUGUAGGAAUUGUGGUCUGCGGCACCCACCAAAGAAGUGCCCAGCGUUCAAGUCACAGUGCCAUAAGUGUGGCAUGAAAGGCCACUGGAAGAAACUGUGCAAGUCUUCAGGAGACGGAAGUAAACAUAGGUCUCGGUCUCAGACAAGACAGGCUGGACGUGAGAAAGGAAGCUGGAAGAAUCGAAGUAAGAGCAGAUCUCGUAACCAUGGAAAGAAUCUGCAUCCAAUUGCCAGCAAGAAUGUCGACGACGACCUACCGAGAGACUUUGAAGACAUCUCCAUAGAAUCAAUCUAUGUUGGGCAUGUUCAUGUUGAUGGUGUACCCAUUGAUGACAGCGAUGACAAAGACGAGCUUUUUGCUACUCUGAAGUUUAGCAUCAGGGAUAAGCCAGGUAACCACACCUUGAGGGUUAAGGUUGACACAGGAGCACAGGGGAAUGUGUUGCCUCUUCGAUGCUUCAGGAAGGCUUUUCCAGAGCUUUUAGAUGAUGAGGGAUAUCCUCUUGAGUCAGCUGUCAGACUGAGACAUGUCAGGUUGUAUGCCUACAACGAGACACCGAUACAGCAGUACGGAUGUUUUGAUUUUCCCUGCCAGUACAAAGAUGGGAAAUGGUUCAGAAACAGCUUCUUCAUCGUGGAUACACGUGGACCAGCUAUCCUAGGAUUGCAAAGUUCAGUUAAGAUGCGCCUAGUUAUAGUGAACUGUGAGAUGCAUCAGAGAAGCAGUCCAGGCAUGAUAAAGAGUACACAGGAUCUGGUAGCUGCAUACCCAGAUCAGUUCCAGGGUAUUGGGAGGUUCCCAGGUGAAUACCACAUCACUCUUGAAGAGAAUGCUGAACCGGUUGUCCACCCACCAAGGAAGUUUCCUAUCCAUCUUCGAGACGAGUUGAAAGAGGAACUAGACAGGAUGGAAUCCAUUGAUGUCAUCAAGAAAGUGUCCAAGCCUACAGAUUGGGUUUCCUCGCUAGCCUUCAGCAGGAAGAGCAACGGGAAGUUACGAGUGUGCCUCGACCCAAAGGAUCUCAACAAGGCAUGUAAGAGGACAUAUCACAAAGCUCCAACACUUGAGGAAAUCACCCAUAAGCUACAUGGUGCUCAAGUUUUCUCAAAGCUAGAUGCAAGGCAUGGAUAUUGGAGCGUCGCCCUAGAUGACGAAUCGAGCUACUUGACAACCUUCAAUUCACCUUUUGGAAGGUACAGAUUUAAGCGUUUGCCCUUUGGCAUCAGAGUAGCUCAAGACAUUUUCCAAGAGAAGAUGGACAUGAUUCUCGAGCAGUGCCCAGGCACAAUUGGCAUUGCUGAUGAUAUUGUGGUCUAUGGAAAGACUGAAGCAGAGCAUGACAAAGCAUUGCACAAUCUCAUGACUGUGGGACAAGAGUAUGGACUAGUCUUCAAUCCAGACAAAUGUGAUGUGAAGCUUCCACAGGUCAAGUUCUUUGGCUGUCUUUAUGACAAAGAAGGUGUGCAUCCUGAUCCUUCAAAGAUUGCUGAUAUUACCAGUCUUCCAACACCAAGCUGUUUGAAAGAGUUACAGCAGUUCCUUGGGAUGGUACAGUACAUGUCUCCAUUCAUCCCAAAGUUAGCAGAGAAUGCAGAGACUCUGCGGGCACUGACAAGGAAAGACAGCGUAUGGCAAUGGACGCCAUCGCAUCAGAAGUCUUUUGAGCAUUUGAAGUCAUUGGUAUCGUCCAUGUGCACCCUUACCUACUUCGACCCUUCAAAGCCCACAACAAUCCAGGUAGAUGCGUCUACGAGAGGACUAGGGGCAGCUUUACUGCAAGAGGGGAAGCCAGUGGCAUUCGCAAGCAAGGCCUUGACAGACACAGAGAGCCGAUACGCGAAUAUUGAGAGAGAAAUGUUGGCAGUAGUGUUUGGUUGUACCAGAUUUCACACCUACGUGUAUGGAGCCAAAUUCACUGUGGAAUCGGACCACAAGCCGUUGGAGAGCAUUCAUCGGAAGAAUUUAGCCAACGCUCCACCCAGAUUGCAGCGGAUGCUCCUCCGUUUGCAACCGUAUGACUUCAACCUCGUUUACAAGCCAGGAAGAGAAGUUGCCCUGGCAGAUGGUUUGUCAAGGAUCAACCCAGAGAAGCAACCGACAAUGGAAUUUGACAAAACCAUCCACGGAAUCUACAUAUCUCCAAGCAAGCUAAAACAGAUGCAAGAUGACACAGAAGCCAACAGGAGUCUAAAGGUGCUCAAGGACAUAAUCCUAACUGGUUGGCCUGAUGACGUAAAGAAAGUUCCCAAAGAAGUACGUCACUACUGGUCUUGCAGAGAUACACUUUCGGUAGAAGAUGGUCUCAUCAUGAAGGGAGAGAGAAUCUUCAUACCAGAGACGAUGCAGCAAGAAGUGCUACAAAGUCUUCAUGCUGGUCAUCAAGGAACGACAAAGACCCAACUCAAGGCAAGAAGUUGUGUCUAUUGGGAUGGCUUGUCUAAAACAAUUGAACAGAUGGUGCAAUCUUGCCAAGCAUGUAAUGAGUUGCAGAAAGCUCAGCAGAAAGAGCCACUUCUUCAGCAUGAAGUACCCAAUUACCCAUGGGAAACAGUCGGAACUGACUUGUUUCAUUUCGAAGGCGAUGAAUAUCUUGUCAUCGUAGACUAUUGGUCUAAGUUUCCUGUCGUGAGGAAGAUCAGAGGAAGUUGUACCAGCUCAACUGUUGUCCGGAUCACCAAGAACAUCUUUAGUGAGCAGGGCAUACCCUUGAAGAUCGUUAGCGACAAUGGACCACAAUUCUCUAGUCGAGAAUACAAGAGUUUCACAGAUCAGUGGAACAUCCAGCAUGUGACAUCAAGUCCUCAUUAUCCGCAGAGCAACGGACUUGUGGAAAGGGCAAUACAGACAAUCAAAUCAACACUCAAGAAGGUGAAGAUGACUGGAGGUGAUCCUGACCUAGCCCUAUUGUGUCUGAGGACAACACCAAUUGACAGUAGUUUACCUUCACCAGCGGAACUACUACAAGGCAGAAAGUAUAGGAGCAAUCUUCCCAUGAAAAUGCACUCUGACCAUCAAAGUGAGAUUAAGGAGAAGCUCCGACAACGCCAAGAAAGGCAAAAGGACGAUUUUGACAGAAGAGGAGUUAGAGAACUACCCCCUCUGGUGCCAGAUCAGAAGGUAACGGUGUUCGACCAUGUUUCUGAAACAUGUGCCCCGGCUACAGUAAUCCAGAAGUGCCAAUUAGAACCAAGAUCGUACAUGAUUCAAACUCCAAAUGGUAGUGUGCUACGUCGUAACAGAAGAGACCUGCGUAGCCUUGAAAAUCCACAGAGAAAGCAAGUACGGUUCAACAUCCCACAAAACUGUGCAGACAGAACACCCUCACUUCCUAAAGACUAUACCCAACAGAACCCGAGUGAUGAUCAUCAUCAAUCCAGUACUAAUGGGUACCACACUAGGUCUGGACGAUUAGUCAAGAAGCCCGAUCGACUAAUUGAAAAUUAA